UCACGUGAUCAGGCUAUUCAGUUGUGUGGUGGUUGUUCGUUGCCUUUCGAUUGGGUGUUGACGAUGCUAAAACUAGUCUUUGCGCUAGUAUUUCUGGCUCUGGCCAGUGGCCAAACGAUACGUCCAAACAUUUCUGACACAUUCAAGUCUGAGAUUGAUGUGGAAUUUCAUGACGUCGAUGGACUGCAUUUCGGAGACGGUCUGUGGGACUGCGACUAUGCCAACGACAUGGCAGUCGAAAAUUACACACUGGACGAGGGAGGCAAAAAAAGAAUGGUCGAAGUACUUCAGCGCUACGAUAUGAAAGAAGUCUUUGAAAUCAACUCUUACGGUCAUCACGACUGCAGUCAUCGCACUGUAAGCGGUCACUUGUCCAGCGUCUUCGGCUUUCUAAAGAAUUCGACCUAUAGAGGAGAGCAGCAAUACCACCAUCGAACCUACCAGAUGUGGGGAGUCGAGGCUAGAGGAAUCAUAGUUGAAGUGGGUAUAGAGAAUGCCACUCCUGAUCGACCUUACAUUUUCAGAAGGAAACAUGCUGCUGACGAAACAUUUUAUUUCUUCCGGUCGUUUAAUGCCACUGAACCUCCUGCUUCUGUAUUUGCCAUUCCUUCCGACUGUCGCUGAAGAGAACGAGAACGAAGCAUUUAGUUGGAUUUGUCGGUUGUCAGUCAGCUAACACAUUGUCUGACGCAAGAACUGAAGAUAGCUUUUGCGUGAUUUGUUGCAUUUUUGAAUUUCCUUGAUUACUUUGUUUGAGAAUUGAGCUUGAGUUAGUGGUGACUCUCGA